UAGGAAUAUAGAAACCCCAUUCGAAAGAUGCCACCAUCCACAAACGCCCAAGAUGACAAGCCAGUGUUAGCUGAUGAGUUUAACAGGAAGGUUCGUCCAUGUAUAGAUGCCAUAGAUGACUUAAGACAGUAUGGCUUGGAGAAGGACGUUGCUCUUCCCGCAGUCGUGGUCAUAGGCGAUCAGAGCGUAGGGAAAAGCUCUGUCCUGGAGGCUAUGUCUGGGGUGCAAUUACCAAGAGGAACAGGAAUAGUGACCAGAUGCCCCCUUGAGCUAAGGAUGAAACAAUGUGACCCCGGUAAUUUUCACGCUAAGAUAUCAUAUGACAUACAGGGAGGACACCAGCCACUGGAAAAAACAAUCACUGACCCUUCAAAUAUUGAUUUUGAAAUUAGACAAGCUCAGAGAGCGUUGGUUGGAGACUCGGGGGGUGUAAGCGACAGACUGAUCCGUCUCGAAGUUCAGGCUGACUAUGUGCCCGACCUAACCCUGAUAGAUCUACCUGGCAUUGUCAGAUACUCAGAGGGUAGCGAUACUAUCGUUGAAGAGACUAAAAAUCUCAUCAAGACAUAUGUAUCUAGGCCAGAGACAAUCAUUCUAGUGGUGAUACCCUGUAAUGUUGAUAUAGACACGGUGGAGGCGUGUAAUCUUGCCAAGCAGGUUGACCCAAAUGGCGAUAGAACAAUUGGUGUUUUGACUCGACCUGACUUGAUAGAUCACGGGGUAGGACCAAUCAAAGAGGUGCUAGACAUCCUCGAGAACAAGAAAAUGAAGCUAAAGAAGGGUUUUUAUGUGGUUAAAUGUCGCAGUCAGAAACGAAUAGAAGAAGGCCAAAGUUUAGAACAAGCCCUUGCUGAAGAAGUUCAAUUCUUCCGUUCUGAUGAAAGAUUCAGGGUAAUCAAUCCAAGUCAAUGUGGAGUGAAACAGUUGUCAUCAAAACUGACCAAUGAGCUUUUCCUUCAUAUAAAGAAUUGUGUUCCCAUGCUCCUUGAAGACAUCAAUGCAAAACUCCUAGCUACAAACCAUGAAAUCGAAUUUCUUGGAGGGCUUGGUCUCCCUGAAGGUGCUAAUCUGAGGGUUAGAUACCUUAUACAGCUACUGGACGAGUAUUGCGACAAGGUUCACAGAGUGUCAAUAGGUGACUACAGACACCAUAACAAAAAGAUCCGGUUGUUUUCCAAAGUUAGAGAACUCACUGAUAAAUUCGCAACUGAUAUUGAAGAAAGGACCCCAACAGAUCAAGAUGCAUCAUUUCUGGAUAACAUCAAAACUGAAAUCCAAGCUCAAAGGGGUAACGAACUCCCCACUUUCACCAACACGUACCCAGUAUGCGAGCGUUUGAUCCUGGAGUAUAUAUCCCUAUAUAAACGACCAGCAAUGGAGUGCCUACUGUCAGUAAAUGGUGAAGUAGAGAUAAUUCUAAGGGAGCUGGCACAAGAUAUAUUCCGUGAUUUUCCAUUUUUAGAAUCGAAAGUAAAGGAAGUGACGGAUCGUCUCAGAAAUAAGGCUUACAAAGACUGCGAGAGAAAUGUAUACAGACAAUUUGACAUGGAGAAUAUUGUUUGGACACAAGACAGAAUUUUCAAAGAAGAAAUGUUCGAUGGUGGCAAGAAGGAUGCCUCGAGCAAAGUGCCACCAACGAGUAGUAGGGCAACUGAGGGGAAAGGGAGCAAGAGUGAAAAAGACCGGAUGAAAAGCAUCGAUGAUACUGAACUAAGUAGCGAGGCACAAAAAGUUGUGCUAGGAGUUCAGGCGUACAUGCAGAUUGCUAGUCGACGAAUCAUGGAUAUGAUCCCAUUGAACAUUAUGUUACAUUUCCUUCAUGGUCUUUCAAAUGAGACCAAAAAGGAGGUACUGGCGUUAUCAACUUGUCCAGAUGAUCUGGAUCAUUUACUUGAGGAAGACCAGAACGUGAAAGAAAAACGAGAGACACUGAAGCGUAAAAUUGAAAGACUUGAAUUCGCAGCAGCUGCAUUGGCCAAAAUUUAAAAGAACAAAAUAUAAUAGGGAAACUAUUUUAAAGGGUUGUUAAGGAAUAUUUCUGAUAUGAUCAGAGGACCUGGACAUAUAAAUCGAGAUUUCUGCAUAUAGAGCAGCUGAAAGGGUCGUUGCUUCUGGAAUAUUUGUGAAACAGUAAUACGUGUCUCGGUGAACAACGUCUGAAAUGAAGACCAAUUCAUUAAACAUAUACUCGUACAUACGGCUUCUCUGCAAAUGCCCCUUUUGAAGGGAACUCAUACAUAUAUGAAUAUUUUACCAUAUAAAUUAUUGUAGCAUUUUGUAUCUUUGUAUAUAUUGAUUGUAUGUAAUAGAAGCAAUUGUAUAGAGUGCUUAAUAUUGUAAAUAUGAUUUAUUCCACCGUGCCAUCAUCUUUUAAUCACCAUGACAUAUUUAUCACAAAAUGCAGUGUGAUGUUGUGUUUUUAGAGAUUUCUAGAAAGUAAAAUUAUACAAAUAUUUAAUUCGAUUGGAAUUUCAUCUUGUGAAAGUGU